CCAGGUUACUGGUUAGGUGAAGGCCAGUGAAGGCGGCGAAGCUGUCUGUUGAUUCUUCGGUAAAUGUAAUAAAUACGUUAUUGUGUCGAGUCUCACAAGUCUCAGAUCGCGAUGGGGAUACUGGAGAAGAUCUCGGAAAUCGAGAAGGAGAUCGCGCGCACGCAAAAGAACAAAGCCACCGAGUAUCAUCUGGGCUUGCUGAAAGCGAAGCUUGCCAAGUACAGGUCCCAGCUUCUGGAACCGACAAAAAAGUCUGAAAAAGGCGAAGGUUUCGACGUGCUGAAGUCGGGAGACGCCAGAGUCGCGUUAAUCGGCUUCCCGUCAGUUGGCAAAUCGACUCUGCUCAGCACUUUGACCGCCACUGAGUCGGAGGCUGCGUCUUAUGAAUUUACUACCCUGACAUGUAUCCCCGGGGUUAUCGAGUAUAAGGGUGCCAAUAUACAAUUGUUGGACUUGCCUGGUAUAAUUGAAGGAGCGGCACAGGGAAAAGGACGAGGUAGGCAAGUCAUAUCUGUCGCUAGAACGGCGGAUUUGGUACUUAUGAUGUUGGACGCGACCAAGCAGGACGUUCAACGGCAACUUUUAGAGAAAGAGUUGGAAUCGGUCGGGAUAAGACUCAACAAGAAAAAACCGAAUAUAUAUUUUAAAGUGAAAAAGGGCGGCGGCUUAGCCUUCAACUCAACGUGUCCUUUAACGAAAGUAGAUGAAAAACUAGUUCAAAUGAUUCUGCACGAGUAUAAAAUCUUCAAUGCCGAGGUGCUGUUUCGCGAGGACUAUAGCGCGGACGAAUUGAUUGAUGUUAUCAAUGCAAACCGAGUAUACUUGCCCUGCCUUUAUGUAUAUAAUAAGAUAGAUCAAAUAUCGAUAGAGGAAGUCGAUCGAAUCGCUAGGCAACCUAAUAGUGUCGUAGUUAGCUGUAAUAUGAAGUUGAAUCUUGACUUUCUGCUGGAAAUACUAUGGGAAUAUUUGAGCUUGAUAAGGGUGUACACAAAAAAGCCUGGACAGCCGCCUGAUUUUGAGGACGGUUUAAUAUUGAGGAAAGGAGUGACGGUGGAGCACGUGUGUCACGCAAUUCACCGUACUCUUGCCCAGCAAUUCAAAUACGCCCUUGUGUGGGGUACAAGUACCAAAUAUUCGCCUCAGCGAGUAGGAUUACAGCAUGUGAUGCACGAUGAGGAUGUCGUACAAAUAAUGAAAAAAUAAAUUCCAACAAACGUUAUAAAUCCGUUCGUGAGAAAAUGUGAAUAGCAAUAUAGGCCUUACGUAGCCUUUCAUGUACAACAAAAGUAUGAGCGAGCUGCUACACCGGCAAACUUUAGCCGUAAAAUUUAACGGUUUUAGGAUGAAUGUAUUUGAAUUACCUAUUUUAAGAAGCUUGUGGUUUGCAGACCUUGUUCCAAUAAAAUUUGUAAGAACAAAUGUAACUAAUGUUACGUACUUAUUUAAAUACGAAGGAAAUACAUGGAUUUAUUAUUUAUUAUACAGGGAUAAGCCUUAAUUAGAGUAACAUAUAAACAAAAGAAAGACAAGAGCAUACGUCAUCUCGUCUCAUCUGUCUGGGAGAGACUUGCUCAGGAAGAGUUUUUCUCUCAGCUUGCGGAAAAAACGGAAAAAGAAACAUAUUUAUUUCAUUGUAAGAAGGUCAAAUCUCUCAAAUCUCUGAGGAUAUAUCUAUCAUAUCGUAACUUGAUGUAUAUGGCACGUAGCGUGUGAUACAUUGUACAAUAAUCGACAUUAAGUACGUUACGUAACCGGGCUAGAUGUGAAAAUCGAUUGGUGUGUCAAUUCGAUUUUUCCCAUCGGGGAAUUCGGGGACAGCGAUUCGAGCGCGCGAUUCUCCCCGUUUGCAAUUCUUGCGCGCGAAUCGAUGAAUAAUGAAUGGCGUUCCCGCGGCACGAUGACACUGCGUGAAGAAUGCGUAUACAUACGAAUCGUACAUCGUACAUUCGUACCAUCUCUCCGUUCUUCUUUUAAUAUUUUCUCUUUCUCUCUCUCUCCUCACACUCUUUCACUUGUUACACUCCCCCGUUCUCCGCCCCCUCCUCGCGGGCGUGCGUAUACGAAAAUGCGUUCGCCACUCGCGCGCGAGACACACAUCCUGAUUACUAAUUCACGUAGCCGCGGACUACUUCCCUGCCUCGUUGUGACACCAAAUCCCAUAUUCCAGCCAGAAUGGAGAGUCGGCGAGCCCGAGAGCUCGAUGAUCCACGCGAGCGAGCGAUUCGCACCGGAUCUUAACGCCGCUGUUCACGCGCCCACUAUUAUCUGGGAAAUAUCUCUCGACGGCGGAUUCCGUGCCAGAUGAUUCAGAUGUGGCAGAUGCGCUUUCGCCUUGGCAAAAAUUUGACAAUGCGCGGAAGAAUUUUAUUGUCAUUAUACAUAUAAAUAAUAAAUAAACCAGAUUUCCUUCAA